CAACGAUAGAGAAAGAAUGUUUAGCAAUGGUAUGGGCAGUCGACAAAUGGAGACCUUAUUUACUCGGCCGGCGGUUCCACAUCGAAACUGAUCAUAAGCCGCUACAAUUUUUGAAGACAGCGAGAGACCCACGGGGGAAGUUGUCACGGUGGAUGUUGCGUCUUCAGGAGUACGAUUUUACGAUCUCACACGUUCCUGGAAGUGAAAAUGUCUUGGCAGAUUUGUUAUCGAGACCAGAAGAUGAGUCUGAGUUGCCCGAGGUCGCUUACGGAGUGCAUGCAGUAGAACAAGACCCACUAAGACUUGCACGUAGGCAGAGGUUGGACGAUACGCUGAAUACAGUAAUACAGGUGAUCACCAACGGAAUAGAAGUGGAUCAAACUACGGCGAGUAAGGAGCUAACCACACUACUCAGACAGAGGGAUCGACUCAGAGUGAAUGCCUACGGGACUCUGACCUGGCGAGAGAACGACGGAAGCUGGCUGGCUGUCAUACCUCAAUCGUCGCGCCACGACAUGAUAGAAGAAUGUCACCAGCUAGCGCAUACAGGCGUGGCCAGAACGACCGAUCUCCUAAGACAAAGUAUGUACUGGCCAGGUAUGAGAGAAGACGUAGCAAGAUACGUACUUGGAUGUCCACGGUGCCAGCUGAUGAAAGGUGACCGGUAUAUACGACCACCACUUCAGUCGAUUCCAGUUACCGCGAUAGGUGACUUGUGGUCCGUAGAUGUCAUGGGUCCAUUUCCUCAGACAUCCAAUGGUAAUCAGUACCUCUUGGUGAUGACGGAACACGCGACACGAUGGGUAGACGCCGUAGCAAUCCCAGACCAACGUGCAAGAACCGUGACAGAUGCAGUA